AUUGUUACGGCGCACGAUACAGUAUGAGCAGACUAGACAAAUAUGAAAAUGUUCGGAAUGUUUAUAGAUUACUGAAGGAGAAAGGAGAUAUCGAUAAACUGAAGUCUCAAAUCAGACAGAGGAUAAUAUUGGGGUUUGCAUCUUUGGAAAAUCCUGUUCCUAAAUCUGAUUGUGAAAUCAUCGAUCAAAACGUUAGGCUGGUGAAUUGUCUGAUAGCAGAUCAUAUGAAACAACAUGGGUAUGAUUAUUCCUUGAGUGUUUUUCUCCCAGAAAUCGGGCUCACAAGUCAUGAGUCCGAAGAACACAUUAAAAACCUCCCAUUCUCAAAAUGCAGUAUAAGCAGAAGUCUCUGGAAAAAGAUAGCGUCAUAUCACCAGGACACAUGCUCCUUUCUAGUCUCGAUUCUGAAAGCUGAAGCAGAUAUCUCAGAUGUCUUGAAGGAACAGAAGUCGGUUCAAACAUGUGAUUUGGAUGUAUGCGAAUUAGAUCAGAGGCUUAAAGAUAUUGAUAAGGAAUAUGAAGCUGUUAAAUCAGCAGAUAUUUUACACUUAAAGCAGACAUUUGAAGACAGACUGGAAUAUUACAAGCGUGAAGUUGGUGAACAGUACCAGGUGAAAUUAACACAACAGAUGACUGAAUUCCGUCAAAAUGAAUUAAACACAAUCAAAUUAGAAAUGGAAGACAGAUUUCAAGAACGUGUAAAGGAACAUGCGAUGCGUUUAGAAAAAGAAUUUGAAAUUCGUCUGCAAUCUUUGAAUGACCAAGAAGAACUACUAAAAGAGAAGUACAACCUAUCACAACAGCGAGAAGAACGUGAAGCAUUUGUUAAACGUCAAGCUUUACAAGCAGAAUUAGAUACAAUACAAUUGAUGAAAACGCAGUUAGACCAAGAGAGAUUACAAAUUGAAAGUGAGAAAAAACAAAUGCUUAAAGAUCAUGAGAAACGCGAAAUAGAAAUUAAAAAGCAUGAAAAUCUUUUAGAAAUCAGAGAAAAAACCUUGGAAGGUGAAAUUCAAGAACAUGUAGACAGAAUUCGUAUGGAGGAUGAAAUUAAACUAUUAAAACAACGUAAAGAAAUAGAAAUUCAAUCACUUCAACUAUCAGAAAAUCAGAAAAUGCUCGAAGAAAAAAUGAAAACAUUUGAACAGCUUAAACAAGAUUUGAUAAAACAACAAAACAAAUUCACAGAAAUGGAAAUUAAUGACUACGAUACUAUUAAAACACAAAAUGAAGUAUACAAAAAUGAAAUCACCAAUUUACAAAAACAGCUGAAAAAUGCCGUAGUUGAAUUAGAAGAACAAAAACAAAUUACAGCAUCAGCAACAACAGAAUUAGGCGUACUAAGCGUUGUCAAACAAGAAAUUGAAAGAUUGAUGAAUACUUUAAACAAUGAUCGUGUAACAUUUAUUCAAGAGAAAAUCAAUUUACAAAAGAAGCUAAACGAACAACAAAAUGAAAUACAUAGACUAAUGGAACGUCUCGCAUUGCAUGAUGGCGGAAAUAUUUAUCCUGGACAGUAUUGUUCUAAUCGUUGUACUGGAACCUGUGUUACUAAUCAUCCGCGUACAGUUCAUCAGAAUGUAACCAAAACUCACCAGUUGACAGAAGCUGAACGUCGAUCAAUUUAUGAAGAAUGCAAUCUCUCAAUUUCAAGUGAUAUGAGUGGUGAAAGCUGUAUGGGUGUAAAAAAUGUUCAGAAAUCAAGUAAUCCUACUCCGUUGUCUAAUCCUCAAUUUGACCAGUGGUCACAACGUCUUGAAUUAUCUCGUCGACGUAUGGCUCAAUUGCAGAUGGUCAGUGAGCAGUUUGAUUCAAUUUACGAAGAAUGGAAAUCAGUUGAUUUAAAAGAGUUUUUAUCAAAGCUUAACACUGACUUGCCAAACUUUUUAACUACAGGCAAAUCAGAUGGACUGACAAACCUGAACGAGUUAAUCAAAAGUGAUCAGUUUAUCACUUUUGAAAAUAACACACAGGCAGAUCAGAUUAUGCAUCAGCAAACAGUUCAUCAAGAUUCGGAGAGAAAUAAAAAUUUAGAUAAGGAACACAUUGGUUCACAUAGUGAAAUUAAUCCAGAAUCAAGAAGUAUGAAGAUGAAGAGCGAAAGUGAUAUUGAUGUUCAAGAUAAUUCGUAUUCCAGUAGUCUACAUGAUCUGACCAACGGAUCUGAUAUCAACACACCAAAAUCGAACAAAUCAAUUUUGAAAAAUAAAUCAAAUGAAAUCAUGAAUAUCCCAUCAAGAUACUCUUCAGUAUCCGGUUCAAAUCACUUAGAUGUAAAUUCUAACAGAUCUUCAAACAAAAACUUAGACAAUCAGAAACCAGAUUCUGUUCGUUCCAUAGAGUCAAUCUCCCACUCACAAUCUAUAAAAUUGUUAGAUUUAAAAAAUGUUGAAACCAAUGAAAUAUCCGACCAAAUGACAUCAUCCCACCGAUCCGGUAGAGAUGAUAAUCGCAUGGAAGUGAUAAAUACUGCACAUGCAGACGGUGAGAUGGAGGUGCGUACAAAUACAAGGCAAAGUGAUGUUAGUGAUAAAAUGAUAACUAACAAUAAUUUGGAUAAUGAUAAUCGAAAAAUAAUUGAAGAUGGUUUCCCAUUGCUUCUUGAAACAUCGCGUACUGAGUAUACAGAAGGUGAAAAUAAAAACUUGACCACAGCUGUCAGUCUCGUCAAUGGAAAAUGUUCACCAAGAGGCGAAGUAGAAGAAUGUCUGCUUCAGAUAAAAAGUCCAUCAAAUUCAAACAUAAAUGGAAAUAGUCAUACUGGUAACGAUGAUAUCAUGGAGAAAUAUCUCAGACUGAGUUUAGAUAACCAGUCGAAAUCGCCUGUACCCGAGCAAAAUAAUGUCACAGUACAAUCGAAAUUGACAAAUGGAUUUCAUUCAACCAGUCCAAAAAGUAAUAUACGCUCAUGGUUUGAAAAUAAUCAUAAUUUUAGUUCCAGUGAAUCAGACAUAAGUUUGAACAAAACCCGAAAUGGACAUUUCACCCCACUUGAAAGUUUAAACAAUCAUGAAAAAAUUCAAAAUGGUGAUGAAAUCGACAGUGGUUCAGAUUAUGUUUGGUGAAGCUGCAAAUAAUCCCACGUGGAGACUACACAUAUCUUCAAAUUUUAACAUAGAAAUAAAAAAGAUUCAGUUGUCUAUUUAUCAUAUAUAUCACAGUGUAAUUUUUAUGAAAUUGAAAUUAAAGUCAUGUCUUAUGUAUAUGUUGAUGGUCAAAUAUGUGAUUUUCAUUUAACUUUUCCACCG